AUGUCGGCGAUCGCAUCAGACCUACUCGCUACCUUCCCCAUAUCAUUGCUCUUAUCAGGGCUGGUCGCCAUGGGACUUCUUUCGUGGCUUCGUCCCUCGGGUCGCGUUUCCUUCUACCACGCCAAGGAUAACCGACUCCUUUUAACCAAAGCCUCCAAGUCCGGCGGCAAGGAACAGAUAUCCCUGGUGGAUAUCUGCCGGGACGCGACUCCAGAAUCAUGCAACCUGAACCCAUUCCUCUUCAAUGGUCAUUUGCAAACAGUCUGGACGACAUUGAAACACGACAAUGUUCCCGUUUACUAUAAGCGCAAGAUGUUCGAGUCGGAAACGCCCAUGUUUGCCGGCUCUUAUGCGAUUGAUUUUGCGGUGAAGCCGUACGAUAUGCCCCCGAGCGGGGAACUCACCGACGAAGCAAGAAAGUAUACCCAACCUGACGGUCUGCCGGAGCGAACAUCUUUCUACUCUGAAGAAGAACUCGCUGCUCUGCCAUCCGAUGACAACAAGCCUAUGUUGGUUCUUCUCCAUGGUUUGAGUGGUGGUUCUCACGAAGUCUACCUGCGCCAUAUUCUUGCCCCUCUCGUCGAAGAUGGUACUUGGGAGGCAUGUGUGGUUAACUCGCGGGGCUGCGCUCAGACAAAGAUCAGCACCGGUGUGUUAUACAAUGCCCGCGCAACCUGGGAUGUCCGUCAAUCCGUGAAAUGGCUCAGGAAAAACUUCCCCAAUCGCCCGCUGUUUGGCAUCGGAUUCUCGCUCGGUGCAAAUAUUCUCGCUAAUAAGAAGGGAGAAGACUGCCAAUUGAAGGCAGCUGUUAUCUGCGCAAGCCCUUGGAACUUGGACAUCGGAUCGGCUAAUUUGCAGUCGAACUUCCUCGGUCGGGAAGCAUACAGUAAAACGAUGGGCACAAACAUGAAGAAAUUAUUCAAAUCGCAUAUCGAAGAAAUUUCGAAAAACCCUCGCAUCGACCCUGAAGCGGUGAUGAGCAUCACUUAUCUGCAUGAAUUCGACCGUCACCUGCAAUGCCCAACCUGGGGAUACCCGACCGAAGGCGCAUACUAUCGCGACGCCUCCUCAACAGACGCCAUGCUCAACAUCCGCAUUCCAUUCCUCUGUGUUCAGGCCGAAGAUGACCCCAUCGCUUCAUACGAUGCCCUCCCGUUCCAAGAAAUGGCCCAAACACCAUACGGUGUCAUGGUUACUACCUCAUGGGGCGGUCACUUGGGAUGGUUUGAGUUCGGAGGCGCACGGUGGUUCGUGAAGCCUGUCAAUAACUUUUUGAAUAAGAUGGCCCGAGAAAUAGACACUAAUAUCCCGGGUGUUGUUGAAAACCCUGCGAAACUGCCAGGCCACAUUGCCAGCCAUCCCGGUCCUGGAAAGGAUAUCGAUGCGGCCCCUCGGCCUGAGUUCCAUUCUGUGCUGCGGAAGCUGGAUAUGAAGUUCCAGAAAUAG